GAGGGAGAGGGAGAGGGAGAGGGAGAGGGAGAGAGGGAGAGAGUCUCAUAACUUGUUACGCCUCCUCCCGUGAGAACAGACACAAUGAUUUCAUGCUUGUGAUUCAAGACAGAGCGAACUGGACGAUAUAGCCGGAGGCUAUUUCAAAUGCAACAUUCGCGAUGAGGACAGCUGCCGUUUACUCAUCGCCCAGUCGAUGUUGCAAUGAAACAGCACCUGAGGAGUGGGAGACGGAACAUCAACCAGCAGAAACAUCUGGCUGCGGUAAUACGCCACCGUCGUUGGCACGCUCCAUGACGAUUCCUGAUACUUCGUACCGACAACGACGAGGAAAUUCGGGGGACGAACGGUAUGAUCACGCAGUUUACCGCACCGAUCCCCGCGGACAACACAUCGUUUCAAUGAAUACUUAUGGGGUCCACAACGGUGCGUUUCAGUCUCAAGAACAUAUUCCCUGGAACACGGAUGAUGCAGAUGACAAUUUCAACAGCCAGUGGGUCCAUUCCGAAUCUCAGCCGAGCAUCUCACCUCAGAAAACGGUUGAAACCAUGCACCACAGACGCAUCACUCUCCGGGAGAAGACCCGCCGGCAAGCUAUCCGGGGCCCGGCGUACAUGUUCAGCGAGCGGGGUACCAACCUCACUGCAGAGGAGGAGCGCUUCCUGGAUGCUGCCGAGUACGGCAACAUCCCUGUGGUGCGCAAGAUGCUGGAGGAAUCCAAGACCCUGAACGUCAACUGUGUGGACUACAUGGGCCAGAAUGCACUGCAGCUGGCUGUGGGGAACGAGCACCUGGAGGUGACAGAGCUACUGUUGAAGAAGGAGGGGCUGGCGCGAGUGGGCGACGGCCUCCUGCUGGCCAUCAGUAAGGGCUACGUCCGCAUCGUGGAGGCCAUCCUGGCCCACCCCGCGUUCGGGGGCGGGCUGCGCCUCACCCUCAGCCCCCUGGAGCAGGAGCUGCGCGACGACGACUUUUACGCCUACGACGAAGACGGCACCCGCUUCUCUCACGACGUGACCCCCGUCAUCCUGGCGGCCCACUGCCAGGAGUACGAGAUCGUCCACACACUGCUGAUGAAGGGGGCUCGCAUCGAGAAGCCUCACGACUACUUCUGCAAGUGCCACGAGUGCGCGGAGAAGCAGUGCAGGGAUUCGUUCAGCCACUCUCGCUCCAGGAUGAACGCCUACAAAGGCCUGGCCAGCGCUGCUUACCUGUCCCUGUCCAGCGAGGACCCUGUCCUCACGGCCCUGGAGCUCAGCAACGAGCUGGCCCGACUCGCUAACAUUGAGACUGAGUUCAAGAACGACUACAGGAAGCUGUCUAUGCAGUGCAAGGACUUUGUGGUUGGGGUCCUGGACUUGUGCAGAGACACGGAGGAGGUGGAGGCCAUUUUGAAUGGCGACGUGGACCAAGCUCUGCCUGAAGAUCCCAGCCGGCCGGGCUUGAGUCGGGUCAAGUUGGCCAUUAAGUAUGAGGUCAAAAAGUUUGUGGCUCAUCCUAACUGCCAGCAACAGCUGCUGACCCUGUGGUACGAAAACCUGGCUGGCCUGAGGCAGCAGUCUGUCGGGGUCAAAUGCUGGAUAGUCCUGGGAGUGACAUUUGGUCUUCCUUUCCUUGCCAUUGCGUACUGGAUAAUGCCCUGUAGUAAGCUGAGUCGGAUUCUCCGCAGUCCCUUCAUGAAGUUUGUGGCCCAUGCAGUGUCGUUCACCAUCUUCCUCGGACUCCUGGUGCUGAAUGCUUCUGACCGCUUCGAGGGGGUGAAGAACCUUCCUAACGAGACCAUAACUGACCACCCUCACCAGGUGUUCAGGGUGAAAACCACCCAGUUCUCCUGGACGGAGAUGCUGAUAAUGAAUUGGGUACUUGGUAUGAUCUGGUCAGAGUGUAAGGAGAUAUGGGUGGACGGGCCACGGGAGUACGCCAUGCACCUGUGGAACGUUCUGGACUUUGGCAUGCUGUCCAUCUUCGUGGCAUCGUUCACAGCUCGCCUCAUGGCCUUCCUGCAGGCCACCCAGGCCCAGGUGUACGUGGACCUGCACGUGCCCAACACAGACCUGAGCACAGCAUCUCUGCCUGCGGACGUAGCCUACUUCACCUACGCCAGGAACAGGUGGCUCCCGUCAGACCCCCAGCUGAUAUCCGAGGGCUUGUACUCCAUCGCCGUGGUGCUCAGUUUCUCCCGCAUCGCCUACAUCCUGCCCGCCAACGAGAGCUUCGGGCCCCUGCAGAUCUCCCUCGGACGCACUGUCAAGGACAUCUUCAAAUUCAUGGUCAUCUUCAUCAUGGUCUUCUUGGCUUUCAUGAUCGGAAUGUUCAACCUGUAUUCUUACUACCUUGGAGCCAAGUACAACCCAGCCUUUACUACGGUGGAGGAGAGCUUUAAGACUCUGUUCUGGUCCAUCUUUGGCCUGUCCGAGGUUAUUUCUGUUGUCCUGAAAUACGACCACAAAUUCAUUGAGAAUAUCGGUUAUGUUCUGUUUGGAGUCUACAAUGUAACCAUGGUAAUCGUACUGCUAAACAUGCUGAUUGCAAUGAUCAACCACUCGUACCAGGAAAUUGAGGAGGAUGCAGACGUGGAGUGGAAGUUUGCCCGGUCUAAACUGUGGCUCUCUUACUUUGACGAGGGCAGGACGUUACCACCUCCGUUCAACCUGAUCCCCAGCCCCAAAUCCUUCUACUACUUGGUCCUGCGCUCCAGGGCCUGCCUCAAGAAGCUGUGCAAGGCCAAAGCACGUCACCACGACAACCAGCGAGAAAUGGGCAUGAUUGACAUGCGAUUUAAGUUUAAUCAGUAUGCCCGAGCACAAGGCGACCCCGCUGUACGAAAGACAAUACAACACCCUACUCGAUACCAGAAACUAAUGAAGAGGCUGAUAAAGAGAUAUGUGCUCAAAGCUCAAGUUGACAGCGAGAACGAUGAGAUCAACGAAGGUGAGCUGAAGGAGAUUAAACAGGACAUUUCCAGUCUGCGCUAUGAGCUCUUAGAGGAGAAGUCACAGGCCACUGAGGAACUUGCUGAUUUGAUACAACAGCUUGGUGACAAGCUCAGCAAGAAUGUCAAAAAACCGAGGGAUACAGACAAAGAUUAGAAGGUUUGUUAAACAAUGUGGAAUAGGGUUAGUGUAUUGAUUCUUGAAUAUUAGGAGACUCCUUUGGUAGAUGCCAGUAAACAUGCGGCUGCCCAUAAUUAAAUAAAAUAAAAUUUUUGACUGUGAAAUAGUGUAGUUAUAGAAAUAUAUUUUAUGUGCCAGAUUUUUGUUUUUGUCUGGAACUUAAUAUUUUAGCUUGAAAUAUAUAAUGUAAUUGAUGCUUUGUCCCACAAAUAGAUAAUAAAGAAGUAAUAUCACAUA